AGGCUGCCGGGCUGCCGCCAUGCGAUCAGGCAGUGCGCUGACCGGCCCGGCCGGUCGGCCCCUUCUGGGUCCUCCCUUUGCAGCCCGUGCGGGGCCGUCUCGGAGACCCCGCGCCGACGGCUGCUCAAACAUCAGGCUGGCCCCCAGAAGGACACUCCCCAAUUCCCCAGCCGGGGGCCCCGCGUAGACCUGGAGUGGACACCCCCUCCUUCCCUUCAUGAUUCGUUCGUAGCGCAGUGGCGAUGGAUGAUGAGGAUGGGAGAUGCUUACUAGACGUGAUUUGUGACCCUCAGGCCCUCAAUGACUUCUUACAUGGAUCCGAGAAGCUCGACAGUGAUGACCUCCUGGAUAAUCCCGGGGAGGCCCAAAGUGCCUUCUAUGAAGGUCCUGGGCUCCACGUGCGAGAAGCUUCUGGCAACCACUUGAACCCAGAGCCCAGCCAGCCGGCCCCCAGCGUGGACUUAGACUUCCUGGAGGAUGACAUCCUGGGCUCGCCCGCAGCAGGGGGUGGCAGUGGGGGCACCGGCGCUGACCAGCCCUGCGACAUCCUCCAACAGAGCCUCCAAGAGGCCAACAUCACCGAGCAGACGCUUGAGGCCGAGGCCGAGCUGGACCUGGGCCCUUUCCAGCUGCCCACCCUGCAGCCUGCCGAUGGUGGGGCUGGGCCAGCGGGAGCUGGAGGUGCUGCCGCAGUGGCCACGGGGCCCCAGGCCCUCUUCCCAGGAGGCACUGAUCUGCUAGGGCUACAGGCCCCGCCUACCGUGCUGACCCACCAGGCCCUGGUGCCGCCCCAGGAUGUGGUCAACAAAGCCCUGAGUGUCCAGCCCUUCCUGCAGCCAGUGGGCCUGGGCAAUGUGACCCUACAGCCCAUCCCGGGCCUCCAGGGCCUACCCAAUGGCAGCCCUGGGGGUGCCACAGCGGCCACACUAGGCCUGGCACCCAUCCAGGUGGUGGGCCAGCCUGUCAUGGCCCUCAACCCACCCACCUCCCAGCUCCUGGCCAAGCAGGUGCCUGUCAGCGGCUAUCUGGCCUCAGCAGCUGGCCCCUCAGAGCCGGUGACCCUGGCGUCAGCUGGCGUCUCACCCCAGGGGGCUGGCCUGGUCAUCCAGAAGAACCUCCCAACAGCUGUGGCCACCACGCUCAAUGGGAACUCGGUGUUUGGAGGGGCGGGAGCUGCCACAGCAGCAGCCAGCGGGGCACCCGCAGGGCAGCCGCUGGCGGUAGCCCCAGGCCUCGGCACAUCACCACUGGUUCCGGCGCCCAACGUGAUCCUGCAUCGCACGCCCACACCCAUCCAGCCCAAGCCUCCUGGCGUGCUGCCCCCCAAACUCUACCAGCUGACACCCAAGCCAUUUGCCCCCGCGGGCGCCACGCUCACCAUCCAGGGUGAGGCAGGGGGUCUCCCGCAGCAGCCCAAGGCCCCUCAGAACCUGACUUUCAUGGCGGCAGGCAAGGCAGGCCAGAACGUUGUGCUGUCCGGCUUCCCGGCGCCUGCCCUGCAGGCGAACGUCUUCAAGCAGCCACCCGCCACGACGACGGGGGCCGCCCCACCGCAGCCCCCUGGGGCCCUGAGCAAGCCCAUGAGCGUCCACCUCUUGAAUCAGGGCAGCAGCAUCGUCAUCCCCGCCCAGCACAUGCUGCCGGGCCAGAACCAGUUCCUGCUGCCGGGCACCUCUGCAGUCCAGCUCCCCCAGCCGCUCUCCGCCCUGCCGGCCAAUGUGGGCGGGCAGAUCCUGGCGGCCGCGGCCCCCCACACGGGCGGACAGCUCAUCGCGAACCCCAUCCUCACCAACCAGAACCUGGCGGGCCCACUGAGCCUGGGCCCUGUGCUGGCCCCCCACUCCGGGGCCCACAGUGCAGCCCACAUUCUCUCAGCACCCAUCCAGGUGGGCCAGCCAGCGCUCUUCCAAAUGCCCGUGUCUCUGGCAGCAGGCAGCCUGCCCACGCAGAGCCAGCCCGCACCCACCGGGCCCGCCGCCACGACUGUCCUCCAGGGUGUCACCCUGCCCCCCAGCGCCGUGGCCAUGCUCAACGCCCCAGACGGUCUGGUGCAGCCAGCGCCCGCUGCUGCCGCGGGGGAGGCCACACCUGUCCUCACGGUGCAGACGGCCCCCCAGGCAGCCCCAGCAGUCAGCACCCCGCUGCCUUUGGGCCUCCAGCAGCCACAGGUGCAGCAGCCACCACAGCAGGUCCCCACCCCUCAGGCUGCUGCCCCGCCUCAGGCCACCACCCCCCAGCCCAGCCCAGGCCUGGCAUCCAGCCCAGAGAAGAUUGUCCUGGGGCAGCCACCCUCUGCGGCCACCGCAGCCAUCCUCACUCAGGACCCCCUGCAGAUGCUCCUGCCCCAGGAGAGGAGCCAGCAGCCCCUCUCCACAGAGGGCCCCCACCUCUCCGUGCCCGCCUCGGUCAUAGUCAGCGCCCCGCCUCCCGCCCAAGACCCAGCCCCGACUACCCCCAUCGCCAAAGGAGCUGGCCUUGGCCCUCAGGCCCCCGACAGCCAGGCCACCCCAGCACCGGCCCCCCAGAUCCCGGCAGCAGCUCCGCUGAAGGGCCCAGGCCCCUCCUUGUCCCCUUCACUACCUCACCAGGCCCCUCUGGGAGACAGCCCCCACCUGCCCUCCCCACACCCCACACGGCCCCCUUCCCGGCCGCCCUCCCGGCCCCACUCCCGCCCUCCCUCCCAGCCCCAGAGCUUGUCCCGCCCGCCCUCAGAACCCGCCCUGCACCCAUGCCCCCCACCCCAGGCACCCCCAACUCUGCCUGGCAUCUUCGUCAUCCAGAACCAGCUAGGCAUCCCCCCACCUGCCAGCACCCCAGCCCCCACUGUCUCAGGCCCACCCCAGCCCUCUUUGCGGCCCCCAUCCCAGCCCCCAGAGGGGCCACUGCCCCAAGCCCCCCACCUCCCUCCAGCCUCCACCUCCUCCAUUGUGGCCUCCUCCGAGACGUCCACCAGGUUGCCAGCCCCCACACCACCCGACUUCCAGCUCCAGUUCCCUCCUGGCCAGGGGCCCCACAAGUCCCCCACAACCCCUCCGACCCUCCACCUAGUCCCUGAGCCCGCAGCGCCCCCUCCACCGCCUCCUCGGACCUUCCAGAUGGUGACCACCCCCUUCCCGGCGCUGCCCCAGCCGAAGGCUCUCCUUGAGAGGUUUCACCAGGUGCCAUCCGGAAUCAUCCUCCAGAGCAAGGCUGGGGGGGCCCCUGCUGCCGCACAGACCUCUGCCAGCCUGGGGCCCCUCAGCAGCCCCACUGCGUCUGUGCUGGUCAGCGGGCAGGCCCCGUCUGGGACCCCCACCGUCCCCAGCCAUCCUGCUGCCCCAGCACCCAUGGCCACAGCAGGCCUCCCUCCUCUGCUUCCUGCCGAGAGCAAAGCUUUUGCCAGCAACCUGCCCACCCUGAGUGUGGUCAAGGCCACGGUGCCUGGGCCAGGGAAGUCCUCCGGGCUGCAGUAUGAGAACAAGCUGAGUGGCCUGAAGAAGGUGCCGGCGCUUCAGCCCAGCAAAGAAGCCUGUUUCCUGGAGCAUUUGCACAAACAUCAGGGCUCUGUCCUGCACCCUGACUACAAGACAGCCUUCCCCUCCUUCGAGGACGCCCUGCACCGCCUCCUGCCCUACCACGUCUACCAGGGCGCCCUCCCCUCCCCCAGCGACUACCACAAAGUGGACGAGGAGUUCGAGACGGUCUCCACUCAGCUGCUGAAACGCACCCAGGCCAUGCUCAAUAAAUACCGCCUCCUGCUCCUGGAGGAAUCCCGGAGGGUGAGCCCCUCCGCCGAGAUGGUCAUGAUAGACCGAAUGUUCAUUCAGGAGGAGAAGACCACCCUUGCCUUGGACAAACAGCUAGCCAAGGAGAAGCCUGAUGAGUACGUGUCUUCCUCGCGCUCUCUCGGCCUCCCCGUCGCCGCCUCUUCCGAGGGACACCGGCUGCCCGGCCACGGCCCACCACCAUCCUCGGCGUCCGGGGCCCCCGCGCAGCCCCCGCUGCACCUGCCCACCAAGCUGGUGAUCCGGCACGGCGGGGCGGGCGGCUCCCCCUCCGUGACCUGGGCCCGAGCGUCGUCUUCCUCACUGUCCUCCUCCUCGUCCGCCGCCGCCGCCUCCCUGGAUGCCGACGAGGACGGCCCGAUGCCCUCCCGCAGCCGCCCGCCCAUCAAGACCUAUGAGGCCCGAAGCCGCAUCGGCCUCAAACUCAAGAUCAAGCAGGAAGCCGGGCUCAGCAAGGUCGUCCACAACACGGCCCUGGACCCUGUGCACCAGCCCCCGCCCCCGCCGCCCGCCGCGCUCAAGGCCGCCGAGCCCCCGCCCCGGCCACCGCCGCUGCCCCCCGCCGCCGGCCAGAUGAACGGCACUGUGGACCACCCGCCCCCGGCCGCCACCGACCGCAAGCCGCCGGCCCUGGCCCCGCACUGCCCCCGCCUGCCCCUGCGGAAGACGUACCGCGAGAACGUGGAGGCCCUGGGCGGCGGGGCGGCAGAGGGGCCCGGGACCGGCAGAGCCCGGGGCAGCAGCCCAGUGCCGCUGCCCACCAAGGUGGACGAGGCCACCAGCGGGCUCAUCCGCGAGCUGGCUGCGGUGGAGGACGAGUUGUACCAGCGCAUGCUGAAGGGGGCCCCGCCGGAGCCCGGGGCCGGGGCCGGGCAGGGCGGCGGCAGCAGGGAUCCCGGCUGGGAGGCACCCCCACUGCCUCCCGCCAAGCGGCGCAAGUCUGAAUCGCCAGAUGUGGACCAGGCCAGCUUCUCCAGUGACAGCCCGCAGGACGACACGCUCACGGAACACCUGCAGAGCGCCAUCGACAGCAUCCUGAACCUCCAGCAGGCCCCAGGCCGGACACCUGCACCCUCAUACCCCCACGCUGCCCCGGCGGCCGCCACGCCCGCCUCCCCGUCACCCCUGCACAGGCCAGAGGCCUACCCACCCUCCAGUCACAACGGUGGCCUCGGCACCAGGACGUUGAACAGAUAACACCGGGCUGGUCUUCCCUUCCCGGUCCCCUCGCUCCACUACGUGGAGGCAGAGGGACAGCGGGGCGCCCAACCUCAGCCUCCUAGGGGACACGAGCCAGGGAUCCCCUGACAGUCUUUAUUGCCUAAGUUAUUUGAGUCACGAAGGCCUCCUUUCCUGCCUCCUGCUUCAGCCGGGUUGUUGGGUGGGGCUUGUGGGUUAGGGGAGGGGGCUGUAAUGUAAAGUGCCCCCCCCCCCCCCGACAAAGGAGGGGGAAAUCCUGGUGUGUCAAUUCCUAUUUCUCCCCGCUUCCUGCCACACUCCACCCCUCCGUCCAGGGGCCGUGUGUGUGCGUGCCAGGCAUGGAGGCCGGUCCCACUGCUCACACGUGUCAGGCUCCAGGUUUGUCUGUGUGGCUUCAAUCCGUGCGCCAAGGGCUCAGAGCUGGGAGGGUCCUGGGGAGCGUGCUCAGCCUCUCCCCACCGCCCCCCACAGGCUGUAGAAGGAAAUGCAGGGAAGGGGCGGCCUGAGCCAGCAUCUCGCGGGUCCCCAAGGACCCCCAACUUGGAGAGCUGUGCCCGUGGGCACCUGUGUCACAUCUGUGUGUGUGCGCGUCCAGCUCCGUGUCCCAUGUCCCGGUUGGUGUGCUCAAGUGAGAAAGAUUUCGAACCUCUAGUCCCUCGACUGAAAUCCGAGCACCUCCAAAACAGGAAACCGGGGUCUUCCUUCCAACCCUCCACACCCGCUGCCUCGCGCCCCCCCCCCCCAGUCUUCCCUCUGUUCUUCCUGCCGCCAGCCACCCGCGCCAGAUUUUGAAAUCUCGGAGACAAAACUAGUACUGUAAGAUAAAUUUUUUUGUACUGUAUUUAUUGUGUAUAACGAUUUUUUUAAAGGAGAAUUCUGUACAUUUAGAACUCUUGUAAAUUAAAAACUGAUCCUUUUUUUAAAACUGUA